UGCCAUGGUCUCAACCCAAGCAGUGUUGACAAUAGGGUGAAAAGAAACAGCCCCGAAUCAUAAACGAAGCUAAGGAAACAUCCAAAUUCCAGGGGGUUUGGGGUAGACAAGCAAUUGAUUUAGUAACAGGAAUGUAAUUGCGUUGACCUGAUCGUUUUAUACAGCUGUGUUUUCUUAUUAAUGGGACUUUGAGGAUUAUUAUUGGAAGGAAAAGGUACUCGUGGGUUUGGCUGUUUCAGGCCAGAUUUUCCUGCUGUUCCGCCGCUGCUUUGGGGAAAGGCUGUUUGGGGUAGCCCUAACACUUUAGCCCGGUAGAUUUUUCCCAAAAACAUAGGAUAACUCUUCGCCGCCGUCUCCGUUGCGAACCGCAAAGGAUCAAGCAGGGCUAUGUCCUCGGCAGCCACCACAUCUCCAUCUGUGGACAAAGUGGACGGAUUUUCACGGAAGUCUGUCAGGAAGGCCAAGCAGAAGCGGUCGCAGAGCUCGUCCCAGUUUCGCUCUCAGGGCAAACCCAUAGAGCUCACGCCCUUGCCGCUGCUCAAGGAAGUGCCAGCGCCGGAGCAGCCGGAGCUGUUCCUGAAGAAGCUGCAGCAGUGCUGUACUGUCUUUGACUUCAUGGACACGCUGUCGGACCUCAAGAUGAAGGAGUACAAGCGCUCCACGCUCAAUGAGCUGGUGGACUACGUGACGGUCAGCCGGGGCUACCUGACAGAGCAGGCCUACCCGGAGGUCGUCAAAAUGGUGUCUCACAACAUAUUCCGGACCCUUCCGCCCAGUGACAGUAAUGAGUUUGACCCCGAGGAAGACGAGCCCACGCUCGAGGCCUCUUGGCCACACUUACAGUUGGUAUACGAGUUCUUCAUUCGGUUCUUGGAGAGUCAGGAAUUCCAGCCCAGCAUUGCCAAAAAGUACAUAGACCAGAAGUUUGUCCUACAGCUCUUGGACUUGUUUGACAGCGAGGACCCUCGGGAGAGAGACUACCUGAAGACAGUCUUGCAUAGAAUCUACGGCAAAUUCCUGGGUCUGAGGGCUUUUAUACGAAAACAGAUCAAUAAUAUUUUUCUACGUUUUGUUUAUGAGACGGAGCACUUCAACGGGGUGGCUGAGUUGCUGGAGAUCCUCGGGAGUAUAAUCAAUGGUUUUGCUCUGCCACUGAAAGCGGAGCAUAAACAGUUUCUGGUCAAAGUGUUGAUCCCCCUCCACACUGUCAGGAGUCUGUCCCUCUUCCACGCACAGUUGGCGUAUUGCAUUGUACAGUUCCUAGAGAAAGACCCAACAUUAACAGAACCAGUCAUCAGAGGCUUACUGAAGUUCUGGCCAAAAACCUGCAGUCAAAAAGAGGUGAUGUUUUUAGGGGAGCUGGAGGAAAUCCUGGACGUCAUCGAACCAACACAGUUUGUGAAGAUCCAGGAGCCGCUCUUCAAACAGAUCUCCAGAUGUGUCUCCAGCCCACACUUCCAGGUUGCAGAGCGAGCUCUGUACUACUGGAACAACGAGUACAUCAUGAGUCUGAUUGAGGAGAACUCCAGCGUCAUCCUGCCCAUCAUGUUCGCCAGCCUCUACAGGAUCUCCAAAGAGCACUGGAACCCGGCGAUCGUGGCGCUGGUGUACAAUGUACUGAAGGCCUUCAUGGAGAUGAACAGUACCUUAUUCGAUGAACUUACAGCCACUUACAAGUCAGACCGCCAGCGUGAGAAGAAGAAGGAGAAGGAGAGGGAGGAGCUCUGGAAGAAGCUGGAGGACUUGGAGCUGAAGCGGGGCCUUAGGAGCGACGGGAUCAUCCCAACUUAACGAAGACAGCGCCGCGCUCCCCUCUGACCCCCCCCCACCCCCCCCUCCCACCCUCUACUCUCCCCCUGUGACUCCCCCUCCCCUCCAUCCUUACCCCGACUCCCCCCUUCCACAUCAGCCAUGUCUGCUCAGAGCUCUGUGAAAAUCCCCGAUUCAGGCCAUCGUCUGUGGAUCGACCCGGAGCGCCCGCUGGUUUCUUAAUUGUUUUUUUUUUUUCUUAUGUUUUUUUUUUUCUCCUGUGUUUGUGCGACUUACUUUACAGUAGAUUCAUCACGUCUGUUUUCAUUAUUUCAACAGCACUGUAAAUAAUUAUUUUUUCUUUUUUUCCCUUUAAGCUGAUAUUAUUGCAAACGGGAAAACAAAACAAUAAUAAUAAAAAAAGGAAGAAAAAAAUAGAAAAUGAGAAAAUGACUUGUGUGGGAGGGGAAUUUAAAUAAAAAAAACAACUUUUGGACUGUAGGACAUGAAAUGAACUCUUGGAAAACAAAAAACGACAAAAAGAGAAGAUACUAGAUUGAUUGAAACUCUUCAUCCCUUCUCUUCUUCAGUACAGUCCCAUAUGUCAUUUUUAUUUUCCUGGUUCUCCUCUUUGCUUUCCCUCUCGUUGCCUCCAUCUUUCUGUUUCUUCCCUUCCCGCCUCUCUAAUGUUGCAUCUGUCAUUUCUGCCCCCGUGUGGGAUGUCCGAACUGAUAAUGGGCCCCCUCCUUCUGAAGGUUCCUCGAGGACCUCCCUCUCUCCCUUAAGCCCCGCCUACCUUUCAACACGUUCUUCCUGUUUUAAACGGACGGAAAUUGAUGAACAAAAUCUCAUUUCAAAACAACAACAACAGGGACUUUCUUAGUACACAGACCAUCUCCGCUUUGAGUGUGUUUACAUGCAUGGCUGAAUGAGAGGUAACUCUUCGGGGAUCAAACCCGACUGAUUUCUCUCCCCUUAUUCCAGGAUCUCUACCUUUUCCAUCCUCAAAAUAGAAACAACAUUCAAACCUUGUAGUCUGAUGACAUGAUUUGCAUACCCGAAUAGUGCAUUAAAGGGAAAGUAAUGAAGAUAAAACUCCUGCUUACUUGCAUCCUUUCCUUAAAAAUUCAAGUAGUUGACUAGUAUCACACCUUAAGAAGCUCCUUCUGAAGGGACUCUGUGACCGUGCAUGUACUGUUGCACCUUCACAAUAAAAGCCAUUACAUGUCCCACAUUUGACAUUUUCCGCUUUAGGAAAAAGUUGCAGCAAAACGAGAAAACGUUUUUAAAAUCAAAUCGGUGCAAUUAUUGUUUCCUGAAAACUGCAUUUGUAUUCUGAAAGGGAUUGCUGUAAUAAGCCAAUAUCAGUGGAAACAGUUUUAAAGAGAAAACGGCAUGAAAAAACAGUGUUUGCGGUUCUCUACAUUGUUAGAUAAAAAUGCUAUCAGAAUUGGGGUGUAAAAUAAUCCGUUUUGUUAGGAUUACUGUAACCUCUCUGUAGCAUUAUAACCCCACUCUUUAUUCAGGGGCCAUUCAGUGUUUGCAUUGAAAGUAAAACUAGUUAAUGGCAAAUGGACAAAAAGAAAGAAUGAACAACAAAAUAAGGGAACAAAAUAUACAGAUUGUCUGUUUUCCUGUUAUAUCAAGUUAACUUCUAGAGAUUUCAUUAAAAUGUUUGAAAUGAACUCUUCAUGGGACAAACAGCCUUCAUCUAUCUCAAGAUAACACGUUGAGAUCUUGAGAAAAGAUCCUAAAUUAACUCAUUUUAACAGGAAAAGGAGUAAAGCUAGAUGUAUGGAAGCAUGUCCUCUGAGGGCUUCUGUAAUUCUUCAUGUACAGAUAAUAAAAAUGUACUUCCACAUUCUGCCCUGAUUUUUUGAAUGUUUUACCUGAAUUCAGAGCCCUGUUGUGCUCUCAAAAUGAAACUUCAGACUGGAUUAACCAUUUAUAUGUUGAGAUCCGUUUUUUUUCCAGAGACACUUUAAAUCCAGAACAGUCAAAAUGUAAACACACUCAAUUAUUUCAUCCUUACAUCCCUCUUGCCUCCUCUCUAAAAAUAAUGGACUACCUUCAUGUUUUUUUUCUGCUUCUCUUCUUUUUUUUUUUUUUUUUAGUAGCCUUUGACCCCUCCCUCUCUCCUUACCUGCCGUACCAGGUAUCCCAGGUAUCAGUCUGGCACUGGUACCCUCUGGCCAUAACGGGGACUUACAAAUAAAAACAAACAAAAAAAAAAAAAGGCUUCAGAGGAGCGCCAAAUAUCUUCCUCCCUGUUGUGAAAAAAAGACGAGCGCCCCACCUCACCUUCGUCUCACCUCCACUCCUCCACCCCCUCGCCCACCGGGGGGCGCCGCGUUGACUUCACAGUAUUACGACAACAACAGUGACAAAAAGAAAAGACAACCCUGUACAUUGUUAUUGAAUGCAGUACACUGAUAAUCUUGUAUCUUGUAGUAAUUUAGCCUAUGUUUUUGCUUAGGAAACUGUGGAGAGGAGUAUCCAGUAUAUAAAGAGGUAUUAUGGAACAAGACUUCCUGGUAUUUAUGAUAGUGUCCCCCCCUUUUAGUCUGUUUUUUUUUUCUUUUUCUGUCUCUCACUCCUCCCCUCUUCUCUUGGUUUUUAUCUCAUUUUGGAUAUUUUGAUGAAGUUUCUUUUGACCAUUGGAUAUAUUUUUUUUAGUUGGGGAGGGAGGGAGGGAGGGGGGUGAGGGCGAGGGCAGGUAGGCAAGGAGUCGGGGGGGUUAGAGGGUGGAGGGAGGGAAGGAAGGAGGGAGGGAGGCAGGGAGGGGAGUAGAGAGGGAAGGCACGGAGUAGACCACUUUGCCCUGUUGGGAGUGUGACAGUGAAACUCCCCCCUCCUCCCUCGCAGAAUUAAUGUGUGCUUUAGAACGGCCCAGAUGUAAUAUGAUUUAAAAACUGAAGAAAAAAAAAAAGAUAAAAAAGGGUUGGAGAAAUACAAAUGUUUAAUUAUUUUAAAAAAUAAAGAGAUAUUAAAUUAAA